AUGGCGUCGACUUCAAAUCGGCUUCCUUUGAGCCGCCGAUCUUCUUCUUUGUCUUCUUCUUCUUUGUCUUCUUUGUCUUCUUCUCUUCGCGGGGAAAGACGAGGCGUCGGAAGAAGAGUUGCUAUGACGACAACGAGAGCUGCAAAAGGAGACGUGAUUCUGGAAGUUUCCGGGUUAAAAGCCAAAGUUUCGGACACGGGAGAGGAGAUUCUCAAAGGCGUGGAUUUAAUCAUUCGCCAAGGCGAAACGCACGCCAUCAUGGGGAAAAACGGGAGCGGGAAAUCAACGCUGACGAAAGUUUUAGUCGGCCAUCCGGCGUACGAAGUGACCGCAGGCACGGCGAAGUAUAAAGGGGAAGAUUUGUUCGAAAUGGAACCAGAGGAAAGAGCGAGAGCGGGAUUGUUUCUUUCGUUUCAAUCUCCCGUGGAGGUACCCGGGGUAUCGAACACGGAUUUUUUGCGGAUGAUGUGCAACGAGAGACGCAAACAUCGAGGCGAGGAAGAGAUGGAUCCGUUGGAGUUUUACGGGUAUUUGAGUCCAAAGUUGGAUAAGUUGAACAUGGAUCCGAGUUUUAUGACUCGUAACGUCAACGAGGGGUUCUCAGGCGGGGAGAAGAAGAGAAACGAGAUUUUGCAGUUGGCGGUUUUGGAGAGCGAGAUGAGCAUACUGGACGAGAUCGAUUCCGGGUUGGACGUGGACGCGCUCCGCGACGUGAGCGAAGCCGUGAAUGGAUUGAAAUCAGACGAGAAAGGAUUGUUGCUGAUUACGCACUAUCAGAGGUUGUUGGAUUUGAUUCAUCCGGACGUGGUGCACAUAAUGAAAAAAGGGAAGAUUGUCAAGACCGGGGACAAGAGUUUAGCGAGCACGAUUGACGAAGGCGGAUUCGCCGCGCUCGGUUAA